AUGAAGAAAUCACCUCUACUGCCACCACCACCACUCCUUCUCAACCUCCUCCUCAUCGCCGCCGUCCUCCGCCACCCCGCCGCCGGAUCCGCCACACACUUCCCCAAAGAAGCCCUCCCCACCAAAUCCGGCUACUUAACAGUCGACCCCGCCACCGGCUCCGCCAUUUUCUACACUUACUACGAAGCACAAAAUCCUCACAACCCUAAAACCCCAAUCCUCAUCUGGCUGCAAGGCGGGCCGGGCUGCUCAUCCAUGCUGGCCAACUUCUACGAGCUCGGCCCGUGGCUGAUUAACUCAGAAACCCUCACCCUCGACCCCAAUCCAGGUUCUUGGAACACAAAAUUCGGCUUGCUCUUUCUCGAUAACCCAAUCGGCUCCGGAUUUAGCAUAGCCCCUUCAUUUCAAGAAAUACCCAGAAACCAGCUUGACGUGGCCCAACAUCUCUUCACAGCAAUCAAAAAGUUCAUCUCCUUAGAUUCAUCAUUCAAGACUCGACCUUUAUACAUAACCGGCGAAAGCUACGCCGGAAAAUAUGUCCCGGGACUCGGAUACUUCAUUCUGAAGACAAAUCCAUCCUUGCCGCCUGAAGAAAGGGUGACAUUAGCUGGUUUGGCCAUUGGGAAUGGAUUGACCGACCCUGAAACCCAAGUCGCAACUCACGCCGAAAAUGCCUACAAUUUGGGCCUGAUAAACGAUAAGCAGAAGGCCCUUUUGGAGAGAAUCCAAUUCGAGACAAUUGGGCUCGUGAAAAACGAAAAAUGGGGGGAGGCCACGGAUUCAAGAAGCCGGGUUUUGAAGACACUGCAGAAUAUGACUGGCUUGGCAACUUUAUAUGAUUUCAGGAGGCUGAUACCUUACCAAGAUGAUGUGGUGGCUAAGUUUUUAAACAAUGUCGAAAUCAAAAAGGCGUUGGGAGUGAAUGAGUCCUUAGUGUUUGAGUUAUGCAGCGAUUUAGUGGACAAGGCUUUGAAAGAGGACGUGAUGAAGAGCGUGAAGUAUAUGAUGGAGUUCCUUGUGAAGAACACGAGGGUUUUGUUGUAUCAAGGGCAAUGUGACUUAAGAGAUGGUGUGGUCUCGACUUUGGCUUGGGUGAAAAAAAUGAAGUGGGAUGGGAUUCAUGAGUUUCUCGAGGCGGAUAGGAAGGUUUGGAGGGUUGAUGGGAAGUUAGCUGGUUAUGUGCAGAGAUGGAAGAAUUUGAGUCAUGCUGUGGUGAUGAAUGCUGGCCAUCUUGUCCCGACUGAUCAGCCUAUUAAUUCGCGGGUUAUGAUCGAGGAUUGGGUUUUGGGUAAAGGGUUGUUUGGCGAAGNUGGGAGAGUGUUAUUGUGA